ACAGAUCUACCCGUGUAAGCGAUGCAUCAUCUUCUUCCUGCCUUGUCCUCCUCCUCCUCUGCUCUUUCCUCGUUGCAAGCGAGGCAUUCCUCAGCCCUGCUCUGCCGCUUCGUUCCGCAUGCUCUGCACGGACUUCACUGGACCUCCAUUCCUUUGCUCGUUCCUCGCGCCUGGCUGCCCCCACCACGAUCAGCAUGGUCGAGGGAGAUUCCCUUGUCAAGCGUAUGAAGCAGAAGGCUAGCAAGUUUCUUGCUACGGCGGCGAUUGCGGCAUCUUUGUGCGUGAUGCCCAAGGCAUCGAGUGCAGCUCUUGCCGAUCUGGAGCUCCAAGGAGACUUGGAUGAGGAUGUGGAGCAGGUGGAGAUUGAGUACACCGGGAUGAGGAAGCUCUCCCUGGGAGAGAACGUGGUCAAGUACGGCAUCCUUGUGGGAGUUUUCGGAGGGGCGGCUGUAUGGUCUUACUAUGAAGGGAAGCGUGAGGACCGAGAGGAGGAGGAGAGGGUGAAGGCAAAGUGGAAGAAGGAGUUCAUCGACAUGGAGGAUGUCGUUUCUGACGAUGACCUCCUCUCCUCGCUCAACAAGCGUCUCUCCGGCGAGGCGGGCGAGGAAGUGAAGGACCUGGAUGGAACUGGAGCCCUUCCUGAGGGAUACGACCCGGAGAAGGCCAUCAUUCAGGACCAGAUGCGCAAGAUGGAGGAGGAGAUGGAGAAGGAGCGCCUGAAGAAGGAGCAGGAGCAGGAGGCCGCCCUGAAGGAUAUCACUGUUGAGGAGGACAAGCCAGCGCAGGUGGAUGC